AUGGCUGACGCAGAUGUCGGGGGCGCAGCUCCUUUUUCGGAGCCCUUGGACCUUGUCCGUCUCUCGCUCGACGAGGUCGUCUUUGUGAAGCUUCGUGGAGAUCGAGAGCUUAAGGGCCGCUUACAUGUCAGUGGAAGUGGAAUUCCCGCAAUUGUGGUUGAUUUACGAAUGGCCUACGACAGCCACUGCAAUUUAGUCCUAGGCGACGUGGAAGAGACAAUUUACAUCGUUGAAGAGGAUGAAUCCGAACAGGAAAUUAUCAAGACAAUCAAGAAGCAAGAAGAAAUGCUUUUUGUAAGAGGGGAUUCCGUUGUCCUGAUUUCGCCUCAAUCUCCAUCAUAG